AUGGGGCGACCAGGAAAAAGCACUGCAGCUCGUGACCAGUCUGCGCGAGCCAGUGCUGGAGAUUCUGGCACACAUGACGCUAGCUCAGGCAGUGGAGUCGCUGGUGCGUCAUGCGUAGCCUACCCAAUGGCUCCAGAACAGAUAGUGAUGGUACUGUCUCGGGAUGCUUUUGUAGAUGCACUGGAGGAUCAGCAGGUGCAAAUCUACGUGAAGCAGGCGCAUCCAGCAGAUGUACAGCAGGUGCUGGCGAGGGCCAUGGAAUUUGAGGCCUUCCUGUACACUACCGCCGCCGUUGACGCCAUACCACCGCUUUGCCACCCAGAAGCUGCCGUGCCGCCACCUACCAGCUCGACGUACACAAGUCCAGCAGGGGAGGAUGAGGCGCACCAGCUCAGUGACUGCCGCAGUGAGCGGAGGACACGCUCGCUGGAGGAUGUGCAAGCAUGUUCUCCCACCAAGGCUUGCUGUGAGAACUAUGGACGGUGGGGGCAUCGCCGUGCUACCUGCCCGCAGCUGAAGGACAUCAUGAUGGUGGGGAUGAAACGAAAGUGGGCUGGGAGUUUGGGCCACUGUCCAGCCAAGUCGUCCCCGGGCCCCAUCUGUGUAAAGUGCCGCAGCGACGCUACUGUGCUGGCGGUGAGAGUGUCGGGCGCAGUGGACGGCCGCCCGUGUCCCCUAGUGGUGGACACGGGAGCAGCGAGGACCUUCGUCAGGGAAGAAGUAGUGGCAACUCAAGAUUUCCCUAUGUCAGACUGGCAGCUGUGUGGCGUGACUGGCCACUGUACGAUGCUACGAGGCCCUGUGACGUUUAUGAUCACGGUGGGUGGCAUGGAAGAGAAGCUACCAGUAUUCGUGGCCGACAUGGAGGAACCCUGUCUGCUGGGGCUGGAUUUCUUGGUUCAGAGUGAAGCAUGUGUGGACCUCGGAAGGAUGCGGAUGCAGGUGGAGAGCCCUGUGAUGAGUUCAUAUGUCGAGGACGAGAGGCUGGAGCUGCACUGCCGAGUCGUGAGGGAAGGUGAGACUGCAGACGCCACUGUGAUAGCCCGUGAAUGCCAGGCAGCGGCGCGCAGCUGCGGAGGUGAGAUGGACGGAGAUGCGGGCGAGACGAUCUCCGCGCUACCUACACAUGUGGUGGAUUUGGCGGUACGUAGUGCUACCAAGCUGACUCCUGAAAAGGUGGUGAAGCUGGAGAAACUGCUGAUGGAGCACGAGGACGUCUUUAGCCGAGAUGCCCAAGACCUUGGCUCCACAUUGUUAGUACAGCACUCCAUCAACACAGCUGACAGUCCGCCGAUAAAGCAGCCACAUCGCCGUGUUCCGCUGGCCAAGAGAGAAGAGAUGCAGCGCAUGGUGGAGAUGGCCGUGCAAGAGUUAGUGGAGCGCUCUGACAGCCCAUGGUCAUCGCCAGUAGUCCUGGUAAACAAGAAGGAUGGCACCAAACGCUUCUGUGUAGAUUACAGGGUGCUGAAUGACGUCACAGUAAAGGACUCCUAUCCCCAGCCCAGGAUAGACGACAUCCUGGAUGCUCUGGCUGGUGUUCAGUGGUUGUCCCCCUUGGACCUGAAGUCAGGUUACCACCAGGUGAUGAUGACAGAGGCAGACAAGCAGAAAACGGCAUUCUUCUUCAGCCAGGGACUGUGGCAGUUCCGUGUGAUGCCAUUCGAGUUGUGGAACGCCCCAGGAUGCUUCGAGCGGCUCAUGGAGAAGGUGCUAGCUGAGUUGCAGUGGAAGGCAGCUUUAGUGUACCUGGACGAUUUUCUGGUGUUUGCACGGACGUUUGAAGAGGAGCUGUAA